UUACCAUGUAUGAGUGCUGGCCACUGUGGUAGGGAGAGUCAGUUGCCUGGGAGCCCCUGGGAGGUGCGGGCUACUAGUAUGGACGCCGGGCGAGCUAGAUCACUUCUCUAUCCUCUGGGUGGAGCUUUAUUACUGUCUGGCGUGGCUGGAACUAUAUAUUACUACCUCACCAAGAAGGAUGAAGACGAAAUUAAGCUGGUUAAUAUUAAAGCCAACCAGUGGUCAACUGUAAAAGUGCAAGUACCCCUUAGUUCUGUUGGACUUGUCAUUGGACGACAUGGCUCAAACAUAAAGUUGAUUCAGGAACGUACAAACACAAAAAUAAAUUUCAGCGAUGAAGAAGUGGAUGGACAUCGAACAUGCAUCAUUAGAGGCUCAGAAGAAAACAUUACUGUGGCGCAAAAAUUAGUCAUCAAGGCUAUAAAUGAUCAGCCUGUGAUUGAGACUACAGAAAUGUUGGUUCCCAUUAUAGCUGUUGGACGAAUAAUCGGUAGAAAUGGAGAUGUCGUUCGUAACAUAUCUCACUCAAGUGGUGCAAAGGUUAUUGUGGAGAGAGAGGAAGAUAGAGCUACUACUCAAUGUCCUGGUAAGUGGGUGGUAAUGAAUCUGAUAUAAAGUGAGUUUUUCAGU